CUACGCGGGGUUGGGGUAGAGGAAUUCAAUUCUGAAGUAAGUUUUAUUUACCUAGUUGGUUAGUAUAGAGUUCCUUCUUACAUCCGUUAUAUUAAAAGGCCGCCCACUCCUUUAGUUUAAAUAAUCUGAGUUUAUAUUCAAUAAAUCAUACGUUAAUUUGGUUGUGGGCACGUUCUUGUAGUUAGCUGUUUUUCAUGACGUAAUUUUUAAGUGCCACAGCAACUGAAUGGAGUCCAGGUUUAGUGAUAAGUAGAUGUCAGUGUGCAAAACUUCAUAUCGUCUCUGUUUAUUCUUUGCGAUGGAUGAGGAUUACUUCAGCAAUUCCGCCGAAUGGGAAGAUCAGGAUGGUUGUGCGGAUGCAGACUAUACGGAAGGGUUGGAUGAUGGAGUGGUCCAACAAGAAUGCCUUCAGAAAUUUUCAAGCCGUGAUUACAUCAUGGAGCCUUCCAUGUUCAACACCCUGAAGAGGUAUUUCCAGGCAGGUGGGUCUCCAGAACAUGUGAUCCAGUUGUUGUCUGAGAACUACACAGCUGUGGCUCAGAGCGUAAACCUUUUGGCAGACUGGCUGAUUCAGACAGGUGUAGAGCCCAGUCAGGUCCAGGAGACUGUGGAAAACCAUUUGAAGAACCUGUUAAUCAAACACUUUGAUCCACGGAAAGCAGAUUCUAUUUUCACUGAGGAAGGAGAGACUCCUGCUUGGCUGGAGCAGAUGAUUGCUCAUACCACUUGGCGAGAUUUGUUUUAUAAACUAGCUGAAGCACACCCAGAUUGCUUGAUGCUUAAUUUUACUGUCAAGCUCAUCUCAGAUGCUGGUUAUCAGGGAGAGAUUACAAGUGUGUCAACAGCAUGCCAGCAGUUAGAAGUUUUUUCAAGGGUGUUGCGUACUUCUUUGGCCACAAUUUUGGAUGGUGGUGAAGAAAAUCUUGAAAAGAACCUUCCUGAAUUUGCUAAAAUGGUGUGCCAUGGAGAACACACUUACCUCUUUGCACAAGCCAUGAUGUCAUUAUUAGCACAGGAAGAACAAGGAGGAUCAGCUGUACGCAGGAUUGCUCAGGAAGUCCAGAAGUAUGCUCACGAAAAGGGCCAUGAUGCCAGCCAGAUCACUCUGGCACUAGGUACUGCUGCUUCAUAUCCUCGUGCAUGUCAGGCAUUAGGUGCAAUGCUGUCGAAAGGGGCCCUGAAUCCUGCAGACAUCACAGUUCUCUUCAAAAUGUUUACCAGCAUGGACCCCCCUCCUGUUGAACUAAUUAGAGUGCCUGCCUUCUUGGAUCUCUUCAUGCAAUCGCUGUUUAAACCAGGAGCAAAAAUCAACCAGGAUCACAAACAUAAAUACAUCCACAUUCUAGCAUAUGCAGCUAGUGUGGUAGAAACAUGGAAGAAGAACAAAAGGGUGAACAUAAACAAGGAUGAGCUGAAGUCUACAUCCAAAGCUAUCGAAACUGUCCAUAAUUUGUGUUGCAAUGAGAAUAAGGGUGCAUCAGAGCUUGUAGCAGAGCUGGGCACACUUUACCAGUGCAUUAGGUUUCCCGUGGUGGCAAUGGGGGUGUUGAAAUGGGUGGACUGGACUGUAUCUGAACCUCGUUAUUUCCAGCUGCAAACUGAUCACACACCCGUGCACCUUGCUUUGUUAGAUGAGAUUAGUACAUGCCACCAGUUACUUCAUCCUCAGGUACUACAGUUGCUAAUCAAGCUUUUUGAGACGGAACAUUCCCAGCUUGAUGUUAUGGAACAGCUAGAAUUGAAGAAGACAUUGCUGGAUAGAAUGGUGCAUUUACUAAGUCGUGGUUAUGUUCUUCCUGUUGUAAGUUACAUCCGCAAGUGCCUUGAGAAAAUGGAUACAGACAUUUCUCUUAUCCGGUACUUUGUUACAGAAGUACUUGAUGUGAUUGCCCCUCCCUAUACCUCUGAUUUUGUGCAUUUGUUUCUGCCUAUCCUGGAGAAUGACAGCAUUGUAGGCACUAUCAAAACAGAAGGAGAACAUGAUCCUGUGGCAGAAUUCAUAGCUCACUGCAAGUCGAACUUCAUUAUGGUGAAUUGAGCCGAACCUCAUAUUGGAGCUCUGAAUACAGAUCGCCAUAGGAUUCUUGAAUCAAGUGACUGAUUUCUGUGGGUUCAUCCUGGUGAGCUGCUGGUGUGCCUUGUGAUGACAAAUAAAAGCCAUUCCUGCCUUCACUGCGUUCGUUCACAAUAAGGAAAGAAAGCAUGUAGAGUGCAGUGUUGCCCAUUGCAGUUCCUCAUAAAGUAAGCUGUGGCAGUGCACAGCUUCAUUUGAUGUUGAGGAUGCUUUGACUUUCUCACUGCUUUUUAAUUAUAGUUUAGCCUAAAGCACUUCUUGAAAACCUAAAGGAGUCUUGUUACUAAAAAGUAAUGUGUCCCUUUCUGUGAGCAUUGUUACUAAAAAGUGAUGCAGUAACCUGUCCCUUUCUAUGAGUAUCUGUUGAUUCUGUCAAAGGUGUGGCAACAAAAGAAGGUUUGAAUUUUCUGUGGUUUACUUUUUCUGGAUGUCCUCUUCAGUGAUAGACUUUUCUACUUGAUGCCAUUAUAAAGGCUGAGAAAACAUUUUUGUCUGUUCUGGGAACUACUUCAAAGAAUGUCACAAUACUCCUCAUUGUCUAGGGUGUGUAUUCUGAUUUAGAGACUGGGAAAAAUGUGGACUUCACUUAAAACAGUGCAAGAACUAUGGAGACAGCCUUGUCUUUUGUAAUGAAUUCAGUGUACUGUAUUUUUGUUUUGCAGGGUACAUAUAUUUACACUGUUAUUAGUGUAUAAAAGAGUACUGGCAUAAUGUUA